AUGACUACAGACCAAAGUGAUACCCAGCCAACUACUCGCCGACGUAGGCGACCUGCUGUUUCUUGCACCCUGUGUAGACAGCGCAAAAUCCGCUGCUCCCGGGGCACACCCUGCACCAAUUGUGUCCGGUCAAAGACUGGCACUUGUGUGUACAACAAUACUCACACCCCGCAAGCAAAAGAUGAUUUGUCCGAGUCACCCUUUACACGGCUGCCUCUGUCUCCUCCCACCCCCGCUCAGCAGAGCAUCUCGGAACCGGCGACCGUUGUCACGUCUGGUGACCAUCAUGAGACUCCACCGAUGCACAAUUUUGGGCUUGCGCGGUCGCUUGAACCGGGCGGAUCCGAUUGUUACAGUACCAGCAGCUCUCAAGACUUGGCCAGUCUUCAGUCACAAAUAAAGCAGCUGCAAAAACAAAUCGCCCGCCUCAAUUGUAAGAAUCAACACAGCAUCAACUCGACGACAACACCACAGAAACCCCCUGUUGCAGAGGAAGAAGAAGAGCAUAACCAACCAUGCGAAUGGAAAAAGCUAAGUUGGAACUCUUUUGGUACCUUGCAUUUCCUCAGCGACGUGCAAGGUCACCACAAUAUCAUGGCUGGAUCACGUCUCUACGGGGAAAGCCAUGCCUUCGCACUGGUCACGCACUUUUCAGACCUGCUACCUCUGGAUGAGUUCGUACUUGGCCGAAUUGAGGACUCGUCAUCGUUCGUAUCCACUCUGAAAAGAUGCAAAGAACUGGCAAGGGUUAUCAAGAAGUCCAGGGCGCCGACGUGGCCAACCUUGCCGACAUUUGAUCUACCUCCCAAGCAGGUCUGCGAUGAGUUACUCGAAUGCUACCUUCGGACCAGCGAAUCACUCUACCGUGUCGUACAUAUUCCAUCUUUCAAGAAACAAUAUGAGGCGAUUUGGACCUCGGGCCCUAUGAGACCGAACCCAGUCGAUAUUGAUGUUGUUGACGCAGCUGCUCGCCUCAAACGCCCCAAGUCCACAAUUGCUGCUUUUUUUGUGCUUCUCAAACUCGCUCUCGCCAUCGGAGCUGCUGUCUAUGACGAAAGGUUCAGCUUCAGGACAGCAGCGAUUCGCUGGAUGUAUGAGGCCGAGUCGUGGCUUUCAGAGCCAAACGUCAAGUCGAGGCUGGGUAUUCAGUCUCUACAAAUCCACAUACUUCUUUUACUAGCACGAGACGUCGUUCGCGUUGGCGGGGACACGGUAUGGCUCUCUGCAGGUGAACUCCUCCGCAGUGCCAUCUUCUUGGGAUUGAAUCGUGAUCCAGCUCACUUGCCUGUUGGGCGUAAAGCUCUGGCAGCCGAGAUGCGAAGGCGAAUUUGGUCCACUGUCUUGGAAAUCUCGGUGAAUUCCGCCAUGGCCUCUGGCGGACCGCCGCUCAUUUCUCUUCAAGACUUCGAUGCGAGGCCUCCCGGGAACUUUGACGACCAGCAGCUAGAAUUCGCACCCGCAGGUCCUGACGUGUAUCCUGAACCUGUAGAGUCGUGGACCACGACGUCCUUGUCGAUUGCGCUUCGCCAGACAUUCCCUACGCGCCUGGCUGUCGUGGCCUUCUUGAAUGGCUUCCGCUCUCGUCGAUCCUACGAAAACACUCUUGUCCUCGACAAGCAGCUACGUACGGCGUUGAGGGAGCUUCAACAAACGGUCAGCUUACUUCUUGACUCAGGAGGUGAUACGAAGCAGACCCAGUACGCCAUUCAAACAAUCGAAUUUGUGACGCACAGAUUUCUCAUAGCUCUACAUAUGCCUUUCUUUGCGCUGUCUCUCAAGGACAGGGUCCAGUUUACAUACUCCAGGCAGGUCUUGGUAGAAAGCGCGCUGAGAAUUUGCCAAGCGGCAGAACCGGCCACUGGCCAUGAAGGUGACGAUUUCGCCCGGUCCUGUACUACUGGUUCCAUCUCCAACCGAAUGAUAAUAUUCCAGGCCUCUCUUUUCAUCGCAGUCGAGAUCGACGUGCAGGUAAAAGAGAACCUCAAUGUCGACGGGAGGGCCACGCUGCGGACUGAUAUGGCCAAAGUCCCUCGAAUGUCUAGAGACUGGGCGCUGCGGUGCAUCAAGUGUGGCGAGACAAACGUGAAGGGCUUCUGCUUCUUGGCCUCUCUAGCCGCAUACAGCGAGGCUCUGGUUGAGCGUCCUGAAAUGGAAAGAUGCCAAGUAGCUCAGAUUUUCUGCAAAGCAAUGGAGGAAGCAGCCGAGACCAGCCGGGAAAUCCUGCAACAGACUUCAGAUUGGCUUACGUCUUCAACAACUGGUAGCCCUGAGGCGCUUGAUGCAACAGGCGAUCCCUCUAGCGAUCCCUCUCUGAAGGUUCCCGACUUCUCCAGUCACAGUCGCAGUGGAUCCAGCUCUAUCAGGGACCUCGACUUCUUUGUGGGAACCCCUGUGCUGCCUCCCCGAUAUCAAUUGGCGAGACAGAGCUGA